UAAACUGUGGAUUCGGCCCUAAGUACAAUAAUAUUAUUGGUAAACACGUAGAAUAUGAUAUUCAUAUGUUGAAAGAAAAUUAUUUAUCAGAAGAAUUACAGAAAGUUAAAUUUUACAGAAGCCCAAGAUUAAUAAUUCCGAUCGUACAUUAUUUGUAUUUCUGUGAUAAAUUAAUGACGUUAAUGACGUAUGUGAAUUAAAACACAAAAAGCAAGGGCGACAUAUGUAUUUCUGAUUCUUGUGGAUAUUGAAAAAGUUAGUUUUUCCCCCAAAUUUCAUGUAAAUAACUGAAUGGUUUGAGUUUUUCAAGUAUUUAUAGAAGUAUUAUUAAUUUCAACUUGAUGUGAUUGUGUAUAUUCUCUCCCGUGCAUAAUGGCAAUGGACUUCAUGAGAGAUAAUGCAAGUCUUGGGCUUACAUCUGAUCAAACAGAAAAAGUACUGCAAUUUCAAGAUUUAACUGGCAUAGAAGACAUCACUGUCUGUAGAGAUGUUCUCCAGAGACACCAGUGGAACCUUGAGGUGGCUGUGCAGGAACAACUUAAUAUGCGGGAAGGAAGGCCAUCUGUGUAUGCUUCUGAGAGCAGACCUCCAGCUGUAGUUACUGAUCAUUUAGGACAACAUAUUUAUUAUACUCCUCCUUCAGAUGGAUCUGGCAGUGGUUUGCGCGGAUUCAUUCAAAAUUUAAUAGGAUUUUUUUAUAAUAUUUGUUAUAAUACUAUAAUAACAUUCCUUCAAAUAGGGCAGCGACUUCUAGGUAUUGAAAAUCAAAGAAGAAUUGAACCUCUACAAGAAGUAAUAGAAUUCAUUCAGGAGUACGAUGAAAAAAUCUGUGAUACACAUCCUGUAUUUUACCAAGGUACAUUCUCUCAAGUUCUCAAUGAUGCAAAGAGAGAGUUACGCUUCCUACUUGUCUACUUGCACAAUAGUUCUUAUGCAGAAGCUGAAAAAUUCUGUAGAGAAACUUUGAGCAACACAGAUGUUAUCACUUAUGUAAAUACGCAGUUCAUGUACUGGGCUUGUACGGUCAAUUCCCAAGAAGGACGCCGAGUUAAGGGAGUCAUUAGGAUGUCAACAUUCCCAUCUGUAUGUGUAUUGGUUCUUAAAGAAGGCCGAAUGACUGUAGUGGGCAGGGUCGAAGGUUUCCAUGACAGUAAUACCCUACUUCAAAGAUUGCGAACAAUUGUUUCUGAUUUUGAAGUCAACUUAAUUCAAGCACGAUCACAAAGAUUUGAGGCAAGUUUGAAUAGAUCUAUCAGAGCUACUCAAGAUGAAGCCUACCAGGAAUCACUUAAAGCGGAUCAAGAAAAGGAACGUCGACGAGAAGAGGAACGUAGAUUUCUUCAGGAACAAGAAAGGCAGUUGGCAUUAGAAAGGCAGGCAGAAGAAGAACGUCGUGAAAGCAUAGCCAAAGAAAAAAUAGAGUCAGUUAGUAAAGUACCUAAUGAACCGGAUCCAAGUGAUCCUGAUGCUGUACAUGUUGUUUUCAAAUUACCCUGUGGCCUAAGAUUAGACAGGAGGUUUCUUAAAACACAUUCCUUAGAGGUAGUGUUCUACUUUGUCUUCUGUCAUCCAAAAGCUCCAGAUUCAUUCGAAAUUACUACAAACUUCCCUAAACGUGUACUGAAUUGUAGGCCUAAAUUCCCUGGAGAAAAAGUAUUAACUAUUGAAGAGGCAGGACUGAGAAAUAAAGAAGUUCUUUUCAUUAGUGAUCUUGACGCAUAAGAUUUUCCUUGAUGUUUAAGAAAACAAGAGGUUCAGAAUCUUGUUCAAUGGAUCAUUGUUUUAUCUUUGUUCAUUAUUGUAAACAUAACAUAUUUGUAUUACUCUUCAAGCUUGGGGAGAAAAUCGCCUUUCUUGUGUGAAUUUUCACAAAGAAAGUUGUGAUAAACAUCAAUGUCACAGUAUAACUGUAUAUAUCUAAAUUUGUUUGUUUCCGUUUGUGUUUAUUGUUUUAAAUUUUAUAUGUGACAUAUUGAUUUCUUCAAAAGUGAAUCAUAUGUUCAAACUAAUUGAGAAUCUAUCAAAAGAUGAUGUUGCUUUAUAUAUAUACAUAUAUAUUUUUUUGGAAAGUAGUUCAUCAACCAAAUAAAAGUCUGGAGAAGAAUAAAUGAAGAUAAGGUACAUUUAUUAUGAAUGCAAAAUAAAUUCUUAAAAGUUAAGUCUUUUCAAUAUCAAAGCACUUAAUAAAUUUGUUUUCAUUAAUGCUGUUGAAUAAUGUGAAGACUAUAGCAAAGUGAUUAAUGUGAUUAGCAUAAACUUUCGAUUUAUUUUAAAAAUAAUAUUGCAAAAAUACAAAUAUUUCAUUAGUUCAAAUCAAUUGUCAGUUGUAUUUGACUGAGAUUUUCACACUUGAAAGGAGUUUUUUUCUUUUUGAAUCAAAUAGUACGAAAAUAUUCCUCCUAAAUAUAAGCAUUGAUAAAUCCAACCCAUAAAAAUUUCACAAACUUCAAAAUAUUUAAAUAUACCAUAUGGUAAUAACAUUGAUAAAUUAUAUCGCCAUUGAUUGCGAGUUGGAUAUUAAUUCAUGAAAAAAGAAUUAACGGGUUAAGUUUGAAGACUCCAGACAAUUCAAAUUGUUUUGAAUUAGUAAAAUUUGUGAUGGAAUUGUAUUUAUUUAUGUGUAUAAUCAAAGCUUUAUUAAAUUAUUUUUUUCUAGAGCAGAUAAUAGCUUGGAAAUAGUCUCCAUGCAAUAUAAUAAUUAAUGAUUUAAUUUUCAAAUGAAUGAAGGUAGAUUUUGAACAUAUCCAAUUCUCAAUUAUUUCAUUAACCUCUGUAUUUUCUAGAUUUUUGUUUUGUGUAAAUGGAUUUCUGUUAAUUUUUGUUUUUUGGAGAAACUUGUGGGUGAUUUUUUUAUAUAUUUAACUGAAUUAGAAAAGGCAUUUACUGUAAUGUGCACUUCGUGAUGUCAACUAAGUCGUCUAUUUCAAAAGGAUUGGUUGUGUUGUUUUCCAUACAAGUGUACAUAUGUAUUUAAGAAUAAACUUUUUCAAAAUGAAAAA